GGAUCACAUCUAGUCGAAGAAAAGACAUUUCCUCUUCCUUGGAAGGAAGGAGCCAAGAAAAUGACCCACCAAGGGGCUGUUCUGCAAAGCUAUAAUAACGAGCUUGUGAAAUUUGUAGAGGAGAUGUACUUGCAAAGAGAAGAACUAAACAAGCAAAUCCAGGAAGAGGAAGAGGAGAAGAAGAAAGUCCAGGAGGAACUUGAGAUGCGGACAAAAGAAUUGGCCUGUGUUUGUGAACACUUAGCGUGGAAAAUCACUGCCCAGAAGGAACUGGAUAAAAUUCUUGCUGAAACAGAACUAGCUUAUGAGAAGAUCUUGGAAAGUUCUCGGACGCUGUUGAAUGUUUUGAAAACCGAAAUGGGGAAUUUGGACAAAAUGAUAGAGCCAAAAAGUACUGUAGUGAGGGAUGUUCACCUGUUGGGAGUCCAGUCAACUCAAUGCUAAGUUUGGUAAAACGUUAUACACAUGCCAUGCUUUGCUCUUUUGUAGCAUGUUCCCUCAUGUGUCAAGGUACAAUUUUUAAAAUCAAAGAAGCAACAAAUAAGUAGAAAUAAAGUUCUUAAAAAUUAAGUAUUUAACUUAAACAGAUUUUGAACAGAAAGCAUUUGCAGCGGGGUCCAAUUGUUUGAGGUGCCAACAGUUCAAAAAAAUUGAGGACUAAAGGCUCUUAAGUUUAGCAUUAUAGUUCUGAAAGCCAUUAUUAUUAUUAUUAUUAUUUCUUUCCCACUUCUCCUUAAGGAUCUAUGCAGGGUACAACAUGUUAGAAUAAAAUCUAUGAAAAGCAGA